GAGGGUGAGAUGAUGUUGGAGGCAGACAGACGCUGCAGAAGUUCCCAGGACGAGCGCACAGCUGCACCGUAUGAUGUCUCCUCUUUCUCCGCGCCUGCUGCUGCUCGUCUGCCUGCUUUUACCUGUGUAUGGAGUGGAAAAGGUGAGAAGUAGAGGAUACCGAAAGGAUCCUGAUGCUGAUAAGGUAAGACAGAAUGAAGUCUCAACUCUGUCUUGUUUUUCCCUGCAGUAUGGCAGUUGCAUGCAGGGUCCAGCAGGAACCCCUGGACGAGACGGUAACCCAGGCGGCAACGGCAUCCCGGGUACACCGGGCAUCCCUGGGCGCGACGGACUCAAAGGCGAGAAGGGCGAAUGCAUUAGCGAAAUAUUCGAGCAACCCUGGAAGCCCAACUACAAGCAGUGUGCCUGGAAGUCCUUAAAUUAUGGGAUUGACCUGGGAAAAAUAGCUGACUGUACGUUCACCAAGUUGCGCUCAGACAGCGCCCUCAGAGUCCUCUUUAGUGGCUCCCUCAGACUCAAGUGCAAGAACGCAUGCUGCCAGAGGUGGUACUUCACCUUCAAUGGAGCCGAGUGCACGGCACCUCUGCCAAUAGAAUCCAUCAUCUACUUGGACCAAGGCAGUCCAGAGCUCAACUCCACCAUCAACAUCCACCGGACAUCUUCAGUGGAAGGGCUGUGUGAGGGUGUGAAAGCAGGGUUGGUGGACGUGGCCGUAUGGGUGGGGACCUGCGCUGACUAUCCACGCGGCGAUGCAUCCACAGGGUGGAACUCCGUUUCCAGGGUUAUCAUUGAAGAGCUUCCCAAGUGAAAACGGUUACAUAAGAGAAACGGGACCAGCCCUGCUAGUAUAACCAUAUGUUAUCUGGCUUUCUGAAAUAAGCAGGUACGGUUUGCUGAUUGUAACUUGAAUGUUUUUAAUUGACCUUCCUUUUCCCAGGAAAACAAAACAACCAUUGUAACUGUAACUUUCCUGCUCACGGGUGCUAUCGGCAGUCAUUGCCAAUAUGUAAACUUUUUUAAUGCAUUACUCCUGUCAAUAGUGAUCUUUUAGUAAAAAGAAACAAUAAUGAUAAAACAUCCAUGUUAGCUCGCCUGCAUUUAGUCUAACUGUAUUUGCAUACUUAGUGUGUACUUUUUUAUCUGUGCUAUCAGGUUUUCAAAUAUGCUCUUUGUACGGGUAUGUUAAGUGAAUAGUGUUUACACUAAAAAAAAUUGUUAUUCAGUUACAGUACUUUCCUACUCCUGAUUUCCCUGGGAAACUCCCGUUUUAAUACUUAACCCUAUUUUUCUCGUGUUCUGACUUUCUUUUUUUUUUU